UACAGAGGGAGGUGCAAUUAUUCAUGCCAUGGAUUUCAUCCUAAGCAAGUGAGGAAGGAGCAAAAUUCCAUCUUCCCCCGCAUCCUCAUAAAGCAGAAAAAGUUACAUUAGAGAGACCAUAAUAAUUAAAAGCUUAUAUCAUUUGAUGCAAAAUUCUUUAAGUGACUGAUUCCCACUCCCUCUCUCUCUCUCUUUCUCUGCUAAAGAUACCCAAACCCCAAAAGAAAAAGAAGGAAGGAAAAAAAAAAUUAAAGUCUUCUUGCUUUCUCUCUCCAUAUAUUUCUUUCCUUUCUACAACUCUUUCCUUCUUAUUCCUCUCUCUAUGAAGAACUCAUAGAGAGAGAGAGAGAGAGAGAGGGUAGCCAUGAAAAACACCAUUAGAUGUUGCAUCUCUUGCAUUCUACCAUGUGGAGCUCUUGAUGUUAUUAGAAUAGUACACUCUAAUGGCCGCGUUGAAGAGAUCAGUGGCACAAUCCGAGCAAGCGAGAUCAUGAAAGCAUACCCAAAACAUGUCUUGAAAAAACCUUCGUCUCCUUGCGAUGAUGGGGUGGUUCCAAAGAUCGUUGUAGUUCCUCCUGAUGCAGAGCUUCAACGUGGAAAGAUCUAUUUUCUCAUGCCAGUUCCAUCAACCCCGGAGACUAAGAAGCCUCCUCGAUCAAGAAACUCCAGCACCAACAGAAGAAAAAGAAGAGAGAAUAACAACAACAACAACAACAACAACAGUGAAAGCAAUAACGUCAUUAACAACUCCAUCUCAAUGUCAACAGACCUUCUUAUUUCUGAUCGAUAUUUGAGUGAGAUACUUUCAGAGAAGAUAUCAACUCAGAGAGAUAGAAGAAGAGGCCGUGUUGGGGUAUGGAGACCACACUUAGAGAGCAUAUCUGAGACCCCAUAUGAUGGUUGAAGAAGGUUCUUGAUGAGUUUGUAAUGAGCUGCAUAUGAUUUUUCUAUUUUCAUUAUGCUAUUCAUUCCUGAGGUUCUUAUCCAUUAGGGUUCAAGAACUCCAUCCCUAUAUUUAUUCAUUUUCCUUUUCCUUUUCCCCACCUUCCUCUUCCUUUUCUUUCAAUUUUUUUUUUUGAAAUUUCCCCUUUUUAGUGUAUAUAGAGGCACAGAAGAAAAAGAAAAAAAAGCAAAGAAAAUGAUGCAGAAUAUGGGUCAAGGUUUGGAAAUUGAUGGUGGUGAUGAUGAUCUUAAACAGUUGUGGUAGGAUCUUGCUACUCCAUGAAUGAUCAAGGCCAUAAGUAAUUGCCUUGAGAGCUUCAAUACAAGUGUGGCUUUUUAUUAAUGCAGAAAUCCAUGAAGAGAAAGCUAUAUACUUUUGGUAAUAUUUUGAGAGAGAGAGAGAAAUAUAUGUGCAAUAUUUUCUUUUCUUUUCUUUUCUUUUCUUUUCUUUUCUUUUCUUUUCUGGGUACUUGAUCUGUUUGUAAGAAUUAAAGGAGAGAAACUGUUUCUGAGAAGAUCCCAUUUCUACUGUACAAAGUACCAAGAAAUUAUUUCAAUAAGAAUUGAAAGAUGAUUGUGAAA